AACUAAAAAGAAUAUUCCAAUAUUUUAUGAUUUACAAAAUUAAUGGUAAUCACACCGUUAUAGUAAAAUAUCUGACUGGAAUUAAAAUCAUGAGAUCAUAUGAGUUUACAAAGAACAUUAUCGUUUAUUUAAUAAAAAAAUACUAAAUCUUUCACAAAAUCAAUUGCGUUUAAAGAUGAUUACCAGCAGAAGAAGUUUGUGAAAUCAAAGAGAAGGAUCUGCUAAGUUAUGGACAUCAUCAGUGAGUUGCCUGAUGAUUUACUCUUGCGUAUUAUGUCUUUGCUUCACACAAAAACUGCGUUUGAUUCUCAACUCUUGUCCAAAAGGUGGCGAAAUCUCUGGAAAAAGUUGCCAACUCUCUACCAUGAUUACACCUUUCACAAAUCUGAAUCUCAGUUUUUAGUAUUCAUUAAUAAGACACUGGAGUUACUCGAGUCUCCGGUGUUAGAGAGCUUGUACAUCAGAAUUGUUCCAACACAAACUAGUUCUGGAGUUUUCCUAAGAGGAUGUCUACUAGCCAAGCUACAAGUGCGCGAACUUAACUUCAUCAGUAUUAUUAAUCCCGUUGCUCUACAAAUAAAGAAGGAAAUCUACCAUCUUCAAACGCUUGUGAUCUUGAGAAUUGAAUGUUGUAGUCUUGAAGAUGGUUAUGGUAACCAGAUCAUCCCAUUACAAUGCCUCAAAGUCUUGCACCUUCGAUGCGUGAAGUAUUCGAGCGAUGCAUCUCUCUCUAAUCUCUUAUCUAGUUUACCGAGUCUCGAAGAUUUGUUUUUGGAUAGAUGUUCGAGUGAUAAUAAGCCCACGAAAACUCUAUCUAUCGCGGUACCUCGUUUGCUGAGAUUGACGGUUCUUAGAUGUCCUGAUAAUUGUGAAACUCAUCUCAUGAGGUUGAACGUUAAUGCACCUUCUUUGAAAUACUUGAACGUUGAAGAUCACUGGAGAAACGUUUCUUUUUCUGAGGAGAAGAUGGAAGAGCUCAUAGAAGCAGAUGUUAAUGUUGGUUAUAUCGAUACCGAGAAGCUUCUGAAAGCUUUUGUAUCCGUGAAACGUCUUUCAUUAUGUGUAGUCACUUCAAAGAUUCUGCGGGUUAAUGUAUUCUUUAAUCAACUCGUUCGUUUGGAGAUAUGCACAUGUCAACAAGAAUGGUGGAAUGUUCUUGAGAAGGUUUUGUUAAGUUCACCUAAACUAUGCAUUCUCAAACUUCACCAGAAACAUCUUUUUGGGACUAGAGAUCCCACGGUUAGAUGGAAAGAACCUAGUUCUGUUCCUGUAUGUUUUGCUUCUCAUCUUGAAACGUUCGAGUGGAGAGGUUAUGAAGGAACAGAAGAUGAGAAAAAAUUAGCGAGUUACAUCCUAAGAAAUGCUGGGAGAUUGAAGACUGUAACGAUCUAUCCGUUGAUCUCAAAUCCGGAUAUCAGAAGGCGUAAGAUUCUCAAAAACCAUAUGAGCAACGAAUUAGUGAAACUUUCUGGACGGUCAUUCACUUGUAAGCUUGUUUUCAGAUGAACAAAAAGGUGAAAAUUAAGUUUGUUUUUGAUUUGAAGUUCCUAUAAUUCUCUAUUUUCUUUCUAUGGUGGUUGUUUUAUAUGGAUUUGCUGUGUUUUUCU